AUGAGCUACACUGUCCACAUUGUUCAAGAAUUCAAUCCAGAGACGCUUCCCGAUCUUCCACACAUUGGCAAAUCUGCAGUAGUUUGCUUAGGAGGUUCUUUUGACAGGAUUCAUAGAGGCCACCUGCUACUCUUGGCUGUCGCUGUAGCUUGUGUAGAGAAGGGCGGAACAAUUCUGGUCGGAAUCGUAGACGGCCCUCUACUGACUCGGAAGCUCUAUGGCAACAUGGUUAGGGAUUACGAGCAUAGACGACGGGACGUCCACCAAAUUCUUAAUGGUUUUAUUUCUUUACGCGAGGAUCUCUUAGAUAAAGUAGAUGACGAAAUAGACAAAAGUGACGCGAAUAUAGAGUGUCCAGAGUACGAGAGUGAGUCUAGCAGGGGUGGUAGCAUAACUGCCAGAACUCCUCGGGCCAUGUACACCGCUGGAUCUAAUACUCCGAUAAGGCCUGGAAGCAGCUAUCUACCAUAUGCAACAACAUAUUGCAGCACAAUGAGCCGAACUAUCCCUAAGGGGUUUCAAUCCAACGUUAACUUGAAGCUCUUGCGGAUCACCGACCCUUAUGGGCCAUCCAUAACGAGUGCACUGGAUAACGGAAUCCUUGUCGUUUCAACAGAAACUAUUUUGGGUGGCCACAUGGUUAACGUAGAACGUUUACAACGAGGCUUUAAGCCUGUGGCGCUUGCUGUCGUACCUUUGCUCCGAGAUAGAGAUGGAGAGAAGGUUAGUUCCACAAAAAUCCGAGAAGAGGAAAGCAUGUCUGAUUCAUUUGCUGACCGCGCAAGCUGA